AUGUCCCAGGCUCUGAAGCUGCAGCCAUCCAGUGCGCCUCUGCGCUUCGCAGCAGCAGCCCACCGCAUCGCCACUGCUGCUGCUGCCCCUCUGCCUCUCGCCCUCGCCUCCCAGCACAUCCGCUGUGGCGUUGCAGAGAUGGCAGAUGCGGUGGGACUUCCGGAACUGGCUUAUAGGUCAAAUGGUAGUGGUUCUGCGAUCGUGUUUGAAACUCGUGCUGCUGCUGCUGCUGCUGCUGGUGUUGGUGGUGGUGCUGGUGGUGGUGCUGGUGCUGCUGCUGCUGCUGGUGCUGCUGCUGGUGCUGCUGGUGCUGGUGGUGCCUUAGGUGGUUGUGGUCGCAAGUGCAUGCUGGGUCAUGUGCCUGAGUGGAUGGCAUGGGACGCAGUGGCGCAUGCACACGCAGCCCUUGAACGCAGAGCGCUCCAGGAGAUUGUGACUAAAACGGGGGCGUUUGUGGUGGAAGAGGAGCCGCGGUUGAUUGUAACAGGGCGUUCUGAUGGAGGGAGCGCACAUGAGGGGUUGGGGGUUGAGGAGGAGAUGGAGCGGGGGGAGAAAGGAAAUAGGUUAAUGGCGCUGGUUGGUGCAGCAUCAGGGGUGGUGCAGGCAGAGGAACUGAAGAUUGCAGCGUGGAAGAAGCAGGCGCUGAUGGCAGCAGCAGGGCUGGGAACUGGAGCCCAUCAGCUGGGCGUGCAUGCACUGCGCUCAGCCAUUCACUCACUUGGUUCUGACAUGGGAGAUGCUGCCGCGAUCAGAGGUGCUGCACACAAGGGAGAUGGCACCACAACGGGCAGUGCUGCUGCGGGGAUGGGAGAUGCUGAUGGUGCAGCAGCAGGGCUGGGAACUGGAGCCCAUCAGCUGGGCGUGCAUGCACUGCGCUCAGCCAUUCACUCACUUGGUUCUGACAUGGGAGAUAGCACCUCAAUGGGCGGUGCUGCUGUGGGGAAGGGAGAUGCUGAUGGUGCAGUUGAACUGGCUUCCACGGGGCAUUUUGCAGCAGCUCGCUCACACUUCCUCAGAGCUCUCUCACGCCACCAGCAAUCCACUGCCUCGUGGACUUCCCUCGGCCUGUGCCUGCAGCUGUCAGGCCAACUAGGCGAAUCCGAAGCAGCGUAUACCCGCGCACUGCUAUGCCCAUCAUCUUUGCCGCCUCCUCCUCACCACUCCACCGUCCCAUCUCCUGCUGCUCCUCCUCCUCCUCCUCCUCCUCCUCCUCCUGCAUCUGCUUCCCAUGUGACCUGGUCUAACCUCUCUCUGCUUCUCCGCGCACAGGGCCGUCUCUCUGACGCCCUCUCUGCCGCACACAACGCGCUCCUCCUCGCCCCCGCGCACGGCCCAUCCCUCUGCAGCUUCGCUCUGCUCUCUGCCGCUGCUGGCCGCUGGAACGACGCUGUGGACGCGUUUCAGCGGGCGAGAGAGGUUUUUGGAGUGCAGGGAGUGGGUGACGCGGUGAGAGAGGCUGUGAGGGUGAACCUACAGGUGGCUCUGAAAUGGCAAGCACGGGCAGAGGAGGAAAGGGAGAAGGUUGAGAAGAAGAGGGAGGAGAGGGAGAGGAAGAAGCAGGAGAAGGAGGAGAGGGAGAGGCGGAAGGCUGAGAGGGCGACAAGGAAAGAAGCUAAACGGGUUCGGAAACAGGAGAGGCUUGAACGGCAGGCGAAGAAGGAGCAGGAGAGGAGAGAAAGGGCUGAGAAGCAUGCUCCGUCCUUGGGUGCAACACCUGCCGAAGCUGCUGCACGUGGUGCUGAGAAUCCCAAGGAUGAUGCGGGUGCCGCUGCUGCCUUGCGUCCGCCGGAGGAGCAAGGAGCAGCAGUGGCAGUCAGGGGCGAAUCAGGCGGGGAGAUUCCCCACCAAACUGCUGCUUCCAAAGCAGUGUCUCGGAGCAAGGACUACCAGUCCUUUGCUCACAACGUCGCUGCGUCUGGAUUCUCCUGGGAGGUGUUUAAGCUCCCACGGCCUGUCACACUCCCGUCGAAUGAAAAGAGGAAGCAGGAGGCUAAUGGGAUUCCCCAGAUCCUUGGAUCUGCAUUGGAAGCGUCCAAGGGUAAGGAGGCUGGGAAGGCGGCCAGCGGUUCAGUUCAGGGCCUGCAUAUCCCAGGCAGUGGAGUUAAUGCAGCAGUGGUGCAGGGGGUUGGACUGAGGCCACAACCACCAGAGGCAAUGGUAUCGGAGCAUGCUGCUGAGCGCGCAGUGAAUGGAUUUCAUGUGGCGCCGCGCAGUGCAGGAGGCAGGGAUGCAGGGUCGGAUCGAAACCGUCUUCCUGACCUCAAUGAUUGGCUGACAGCAUCUUGA